GCAUCGCAUAUCCCCUACUCGACCUACCCGUCUACAGCUGUGAAAUCGCAGAAGACGGCAUUCAUACGAUAUUUACACUACGUAUUAAAUAAUGUGUUAUGAUAGUGUUACAUAACACUGGAACGACCCGUUACACUGCCGGACAAAUGUUCAACAGACUCAUGGAAUGUACACAGAAGGCUCCAUAAACGGUAGAUGCGCAGGUGGACGUAGGAGAUGGUGAAGUGAGUUGAGAGCUGGUGAGGAAGAGUGAUGGCGCAGCUGCCGGACUUUCCUUCGGUGUGGGAGCCCUACAGUGCGGAUUCAUUGCUAGACCUCUGCGUGAGCCUGUGCCUCAGGGAUCCCGGUUUACUGCUGCAGCCCGAUGGGCAUCUCAAACGGGGACUUAGCCUUCCAGCAGGCAUCUGCGAGCGUCUGCUGUGCCUCCGCGGAGCCAUGCCCCCGACGCCGGGCGAUGCCUUCCUCCAACUGUUUUCUGACCCAUCCUCGACGAGGCUCGAACGUGUAGACAUUCGAGGUUGGGCCGUGACAGACGAGGGUCUCAUCAUCAUAUCCCGCCAUCCGGUGACUCAUCUGGACGUGUCUCAGUGCCACCAUUUGACAUGCAAGGCGCUGGAUGUCGUGAACUCCAUGAGACCCAACCUUAAGUCCCUGGUCUUGGGAGACACUGCAUCUCCUUUCGUGCUCACAGGAGGAGACGACGAAGAUCGCAUUAUCCUGCAUGCACCGAACCUGCGCAAGCUCUGCUGGAGUGGCCUAGGUGACCAGAACAACGCUGGAGGGCUACCGGAACCAGCUUGGUCUCGACACCUCUAUGCAGCCCGCCUCGUGGAGCACCUCAGGAAGCUCACACACUUGGACCUGUCCAAGUGCGGACUCCUGGGGGACCUCUCCUGCCUGACCCAGUUGAAGGGCCUUACUGCCCUCGUCCUCUUUGGAGUGCCCUGGUUGCAAGAAAGCGUGGGCAGCAUUUGUCAGCUCAAAGGGCUCAGGCAUCUGGACAUUUCUCAGUGGAAUGAAAAGUACGGGAUAUACCAGCAUCCGAACCAGGUGCUUCAACAGCUGGUGGACAGCCUCCCAGACCUGACCUCUUUGGACAUCUCGGGCACCAACCUAGCCGGCAGUGGAGUCUUGGGUCGCGACAGUGAUCCCGCUGACAACUCUUCUAAAGACGCAGUGGCAAUGGAAUUGCCAAUGACGGAUAUUCCUGGCUUGAAGAACCGUGUAAAUAGGCCGCUGGAAUUUUUGGGUCUCUUCAACACAGCCCACGAGGCUUGCUACAGGCACCAUAUCCCUGCGAAAAGGAUUGCAGGCGACGCAAACGAAGAGCAGAUUCUCGUUUCGGCCCAAGUUUAUCAGGAACGUGGAGAAGUACUGCAGAAAGUAUUGAACGAUUUGUUUCACGUAUUUCGCUACGAAGCAUGCAGCUAUACGAAGCUGGCUCUCGACGUCGUCAUGGCAGCCAUGGCACGCCACCUGUCAGAGAAGCACAUUCAGAUUGCAGGAAGUGCAUCGUUAUUCUACAUCGUAAAAGGAGAAGAGAAGGGAAACUUCAACAUUAAAAUCAAAAGGAGAAUAAUAAAAGCCCUGCUGGAUGCUAUGUGUGGUCACAGAAACGAUACUACUAUGUUAAGAAAUGGCUGCCUCACAUUGAUUCAUUUUAAAAUUCCGCAAGAUGUGUUGUUUGACUACGAGCGACUAGUAGACAUCUUGCUGCAUAUUGUGUCCCAAGAGGACCAGGAUGACUUUGUACAGCGUAUUGGUAUCUAUUUGCUCAACUCAUUAGCUUGCCAAGUGGAUGGCAUGCAGAAACAACUGGUUGGUGAUAAAGGCGCCAUAACGAUAAUGCUACAACUAAUCGAAGCGAGAGUUUUCCGAGGCUCCUCAGAUGAAGUCAUGGAGACUGCAUGGAGUACGAUGUGGAACGUUACCGAUGAAACACCAGUCAAUUGUCAGAGGUUUCUAGACGGAGGAGGCAUGAUGCUGUUUUUAGAGUGCCUACGGGCAUUCGCUGACAAGCCAGAGCUACUGAGAAAUAUGAUGGGUCUUUUAGGCAAUGUAGCCGAAGUAAAAGAGCUACGGCCCCGCCUCAUGAAAGACGAAUACCUUGAAGUUUUUAGCCACCUGCUAGACAGCACGAGCGACGGCAUUGAAGUGAGCUACAAUGCUGCGGGAAUCCUGUCGCACAUAGCGUCCGACGGUCCAGAGCUGUGGGAGGCGCACAACAUCCGAUCAGUGAGCAGGGAACAAGUGCUGAGUCGAAUGGUCAGGGCCAUUGAGAGUUGGAGAUUGCUGACCAAGCGAAACAUUAACUGCAGGUCCUUUGAACCUAUCUUGAGGCUCUUGAAAGUGGAACAUACUCCAGAGGCUCAGCAUUGGGCAGUAUGGGCACUAGCAAACUUGACAAAAGUCUAUCCUGACAAGUACUGUCCCUUGAUCCGUGAAGAAGGAGGUGUGGAGCUUGUACAGAAGCUGCUCAGUAGCAGCAAACCCUAUGAGCGUAUCAAAGAGCUCUCGCGUAUCAUCAUCGAGCAGUGUGCAAUGUAUGAAAGGAAUGGAUGCAUUCUGGAAGACUUGGAUGAAAUAUCGUGAUGGGUUUUAAAGUGGUGUACACUCCUGUUUUUAUUUUAGGGUGUCAUUGUGAGUACGGAGUAAUAUUAUAUAAGUUCGUGUAUUUUCUCAGCCUGGCCAAAAUAAACAGACAAAUGCCUCACUCA